CGUCAUCACAUUCCAUCUAAGAACUGCUCACUUCGAACUGCAUAAAUGCGCCGGGCUUUGCGAACGGAACGGCGGAGACACUGUACAGAAGACACAUGCAGCCGGAGCGGAUUUUACGGAGAGAAAGGCACUUUUUUUGUCUGUGUCGGAAAAACGCUCGUUACCUGCCUAGAUCCGCACGUUUGUUGAACUGUGUCCGCCUGUACAUCCACUGUGCCCGCCGUCGAGGACUGCCGAUCUGUCCCAGCGCAUCGUUCCAGAUCUUCAUUAGUGCUUCCACACAUGCAUGCAAAACACUGAGGAAUUCCGGUUUACAGUCCAGACUCCUCUUUUGGACAAAGAAUCGGAACGUUUUUUGUUACAUCUGGGAGCCGCGCUUCGCUCAGAAAGUGUCCUGCUGACAUUCAAAGCAUGCACACCUCUGCGCAGAAGACAACAAGACACGCGAGAGGUCCGUCUCUCGGGGAGAAAGCAUAUGUUUUAUUUCUGUCAAGCGUGCAAAAUUCAAAGGGAGGAGGGAAAAGCGGCCUCCAAAACCUUCUUCGUCUCCGUUGCCUUGUACAGCUCUCGAAUGCAACACCGAUAGCUGUGACACUUUUUCGCUCCAUCAGCUGCCGCUGUCCCUUCUCUGUGUUGGUCGUCCUUUCCCGCUCGUUUCCUUCUUGUUUCUCGUCCUUGUUUCUCUGUCUUCUACCUGUCCUCUCCUCCAAUCACCCUUCUACGCCAUCUCCUGCAGCGCCUCCUCUACCGACUAACCGAGCUCUCGGUCUCGGUCUGCGCUGUCUCGCUCCGCCCGCCUUGCUCGCCGUCUCUCCGCAGCUUCCCCUGUUUCGUCUUGGCCAUUCUGCGUCUGUCCUCCGUCUCUUCUGCUUCUUUUCUCUUCUCUUUCCUCCAAACAUGUCGGCGCUAGAGCGACUUCUCGGCCCGACGCUUAUCGGGAGAGGAGACCGCCAGGUACCUACCGCCUCGAUCGACUCGGGUGUCAUCGGCGUCUACUUCAGCGCCCACUGGUGUCCACCUUGCCGUCAGUUUACACCAAUGCUCGCGAGGAGGUAUCAGGAGUUGAAGAGUCUGAACAAAGCUUUCGAGGUUGUCUUUGUCAGCUCCGACCACGACAAAGCUUCUUUUGACGAAUAUUUCGGGUCGAUGCCCUGGCUCUCUCUUCCCUUCGAUGAUCGCGCUCGAAAGGCUUCGCUGUCGCAGACGUACAGCGUCCAGGGCAUUCCAACUCUCAUUCUGAUUGACAGCAAAGGUGCUUUGGUGGAUCGAAACGGACGACAAAAAGUGUUCGAUGCAACUUUUCCGCUGACCUUGCCAGAUGUCGUCGAUGCAGAGGUCAGAGGCUUGACUCUUGAAGGAGUCAUCGACGCUAUCAGCUCCGACGGAAACCUCAGCGAGGAAGCGAAGCUCACUGGAUACUCUACCGUAGUAAAGAUCCUCAACAACAUCUUGAGCAAUCCUGGAGAUCCGAAGUAUCUGAUGUUGAAGAAAAGCAACGCUUCAGUUCAAGCGCGAAUCGGGAAUCGAAAUUUCGUGAAAAUCUUGAAACUCGCUGGAUUUCAAGAAACAGCCGACGCGUACAAAUGCGGCGAGUGUCCUGACACCGCAAAGCUUCGAGACGUCAGAGACGUCGUCAGCUCUCUGAUGAUGAGCUUGUCUUGAGCAGCUUCUUCCCUCGAAGAGCCUCUGCCGUCACCUCUGUCUCCUGGAGGCGGAGAAGAAAGAUUCGGGACUUUUCUUCUGCAAAGGUGCAAGAGAGAGUGGGGAAGGACGAACAGAAGAGAUCUUCUCCUUUGCAACAACCCUGUGUAGGGAAGCGCGAGCGUCUGCCUCUCUUGAGCAGCACGGAAACAACUACUUCGUCAGGCGUUGCAAGGUGCAGAGGCGUGAGAGGAAGAAGAACACUUCACAGAGACAUGUCUGCGUUCGCUCGUAAGAAAACAGCGGAGAACAAAGACGGCUGUUUCUCGACUUUUCUGCUCGAGUGAAGAGCCCAGAGCGAGGGCAGUCUGCUGAAGACUCCCGAGAUGGAAACGGACAGAAACGAGUGAAAAAAGAACACGACCGAGAUCGCGGGACGAGGCUUUCUCGAGUUUCGUGAGAGCCGACUCGCGGCGUUUCUCCGCGUCGCUUCAAGCUCGGCACGCUAGGGAAGUCGUGGAAAGUAGAAAGGAAACACAGAGACACCAAAGGCGUCUGCGUCCAGGAGAUGAGGGUCUCUCAUUUCGCCGUUCCUUUUUUGUCUGGGGGAGCCUGAGGAAAGCAGCGAUUUCGAGCGAACUGCAGGACAGAACGAAGGCGGAAAAUUCGCUUGCCUCGCCGCUUCAGCACCCUGAAAGUUCCACAUGAGGCACCCCCCCCCCGCGCAAUUGUGAAGCGAGUCAACUCCCCCCGCGCGGCUCUUGUUGUAUUUCCAGGUCGCAAGUGUGGCGUCCGAGGCGCCGAGAGAAAAGCUCUCUCGAGUUCACACCAAAAGCAAAUGUGCAUGCAGAAAACUUAGGGAACUAGAAAUGCGAAUCUGGGAGACACAAGUUUCAACACGGCCGGUGCAACCUAGGCGAAACUCGACAAACUGGAAAAAUGGGCUCACGCGCCUGCUCAUGUGCAUUUGUGAGAACUCGCGGACUGCUGUGCGACCUGCGGUGCACCUCGUUUCCAAUUUGAGAACGUGAUCGC